AUGUUUCGGCUGUGGUUCCAAGCCGCGGCCGUCCUUUGGUUCGCCCGCGGCUCUGUGGGGGUCUCAGCCCGGCUGUACACGGAGGAGGACCCGCUGGUGAUCCUGAGCGGCGGCAGCCUGAAGCCGACAGUCAUUAACUCCUCCUCGGCCUGGUUGGUCCAGUUUUACUCGUCCUGGUGCGGACACUGCAUCCAGUACUCCAGCACAUGGAAGGCGCUGGCACAGGAUGUGAAAGAGUGGCAGGAGGCCAUCGGUGUGGCCGUGUUGGACUGCGCCCAGGAGGAGAACUUCGAUGUCUGCAAAGACUUCAGCAUCAAGUUCUACCCCACCUUCAAGUAUUUCCGGGCUCACAGUUUGUCCACAGACAGAGGGACGAUUCACAGAGGAGCUGAUAGGGAGAUCCAGUCGGUCCGUCGGCUCAUGAUCAAUGUUCUGCAGAACCACACCCGGCUGGACCGACCUCAGCGCUGCCCUCGUUUGGAGCCGUACAGCUCCUCAGAGCUCCUCCCAUUGCUGGGUCAAAGGUCAGAUCACUACACCGCCAUCAUUGUGGAGGAACCGGACUCGUACGUCGGUCGUGAGAGACGAGCUAUGAUGCAUGCUGUCUGUCAGCCUCUGCAGGGCAGUUAG